AUGGAGGUAGACAACGGGCCGGCGACGGCUCCUUCAUCCCUUGAAGGUGCUGCUGCAGGUGCAGCAGCAAGCGAAGGGCUCUCAGCAGCAGCAACAGCAGCAGCAGCAGCAGCAGAAGGCGCAGCAGCAGACAGCUCCUCCGAACUCCCUGAGGGGCAUAUUGCAGCAGCAGAGGAGGGAGAUGAACCCACAGAAGAUGAUGAAGACCCCAGCGAGGAGGAAGAGGACAGUGAUACUGGCGGUGCUGCUGUGCCGGAAGGGGACUACAGCGAAAGGCUGACGGAGUUGCUGCGGCAGGCCGAUGCAUACUCUGCACAAAUCACAGGGGGGACAGCUCCAGCCCCUUCCACCAAGAAAGCUUCUAGCACGCGUUCUCACUUGCUGACGGAGAAGGAGGAAGACGAUUUGCUGCUGCAGGCAGCGCAAGAAGAAGAGACAGCGCGGGGACUAUACAUAAGAAUAACUGAGCAGCCUCAAAGCAUAAGGGGGCAGAUGAAGAGCUAUCAGAUUGAAGGUUUAAAUUGGCUGUAUCAGCUAUUCAGACUGAACAUCAACGGCAUUUUAGCGGAUGAGAUGGGUCUAGGCAAGACGCUGCAGUGUAUUUCUUUGUUAGCUUUUUUAAAAUAUGAAAGAGGGGUCGGAGGCCCUCACUUAAUUAUCUGCCCCCGUUCAACGCUAGACAACUGGUUCGCAGAGACAGCUAAGUGGUGCCCUCAGCUUCGAGCUGUUCGGCUGCACGGCACAAAAGAACAGAGAGAGAUAAUAUUUAAUGAAGAGAUGGGGGGCGACGACUUUGACAUAUGUUUGACAACAUAUGAAAUGAUAAUUAAAGAAAGAAGCAGAUUGUCUUCAAAGUACAAGUGGGAGUACUUGGUGAUGGAUGAGGCACACAGAAUAAAGAACGAGAAGAGCAUAUUAGCAGAUGUCGUGCGACGAUUUAGCCCAAGGCAUCGCCUCCUUAUCACGGGGACUCCGCUUCAAAAUAAUUUACGCGAGCUUUGGUCUCUGCUCAACUUCAUCAUGCCGCAGGUAUCUCCUCUUAAUGCUGCUGCUGCUGCUGCUGCUGCUGCUGUUGCUGCUGCUGCUGCAGAUGCUGGUGUUGCUGCUGCUCAUGCUGCUGCUGCUGCUGGGGUGGCAGUUGGUCUUGAUAUGCUGCUGGUGCUGCAUGUUGAGAAGGAGCAGCGCAACGAGCAGCAGCAGCGGAUGAUUCAAACGCUGCACCGCGUGCUUCGCCCCUUUAUGCUGCGGAGACUGAAGACAGACGUAGCCAGAGACUUGCCGCCUAAGAGAGAGGUGUAUAUCUUCGUUGGUAUGUCAAAGUUACAGAAGAAGCUGUACGCGGACAUCUUAUCAAAGAAUUUGGAGGUGUUGAGUUUGAUGUCUAGCAGCAAGACUCAGAUGCUGAAUAUAUUAAUGCAGCUGCGCAAGUGCUGUAUGUCAAAGUUACAGAAGAAGCUGUACGCGGACAUCUUAUCAAAGAAUUUGGAGGUGUUGAGUUUGAUGUCUAGCAGCAAGACUCAGAUGCUGAAUAUAUUAAUGCAGCUGCGCAAGUGCUGUAACCAUCCUUAUCUCUUCGACGGUGUUGAGCCUGGGCCCCCCUAUGUUGAAGGCUAUCAUUUAGUUGAAGCCGCAGGGAAGAUGCAUCUGUUAGACCGUCUCCUUCCUAGACUAAAAGCAGAGGGCAGCAGAGUUCUUCUCUUCAGCCAAAUGACGAGGCUCCUAGAUAUCGUCGAUGACUACUGCAGGUGGCGAGGACACGCGUACUGCCGCAUAGACGGUUCGACUCCUGGAGAGGAGAGACAGCAGAAGAUCGACGACUUUAAUAGAGAAGGGAGCGACAAGUUUCUAUUUCUCUUGUCAACUCGCGCAGGAGGCCUCGGGAUAAACUUAGCUACAGCAGACGUUGUUAUUUUGUUUGACUCCGACUUCAAUCCGCAGAUGGAUUUGCAAGCAAUGGAUAGAGCACACAGAAUUGGGCAAAAGAAAAAGGUGGUGGUGUAUCGAUUUGUAACAGGGAGUACAGUUGAGGAGCGUAUAGUAGAGAGAGCAGCAAAAAAAUUAAAGCUAGAUUCUUUAGUAAUUCAGAAGGGACGAUUAAGCCAAAGGGGCCCCCAGCAGCAGCAGCAGGGGCCCCAGGCGUCUGAGCUACAAGAAAUACUUCAAUUUGGUGCUCAAGAAGUAUAUAGGACUCAAGAAGAAAGCAGCAUUACAGAUGCAGAUAUUGAUAUUAUCCUCGCAGAUGCUGAACAACGCACUGCAGAAAUCGAAGCACAACUUCAAAGUCUGGAAUCAAAGUUUGAUUUGUCGAAUAUAUCGCUCGACGGAGGGCUGCAUAUGUACGGUAGUGAAGGGGGCCCUCAACCCCCUGGGAAGCCUGGACGUAAGAAAGGUGCUAAGACAGUGAGGCCUACAUUAUUAUUAGAUUUAGGAGACCGUAAGACGAAGUGGAGGGGUGAAGGUGCAGCAGCAGCAGGCGCAUUUCUUAUCAGAAAAGAGAGACGUCUUGCUCGCAAACUGCUGACUGGCUGGAGAGCAGAGAUCAACGGCGGCUAUGAUUUUCAGUUCUUUAAUGCAGAGAGAUUAGAUGCUCUCGAUGCUGUACAGCGCAAGUGGGCGGAGUGGUUAUUAAAAAAGAGACAGCAGAAACAUGAGCGGAGACAGCAAGAAAAAGAAAGUUUGAUGCAGCAGCAGCAGCAGCAGCAGCAGCAGCAGCAAAAUCUAGAAGGAGAUGAUCUUCAUAGCGAAGAAGGAAGAUCUGAAAAGAGGUUCAAGAUUGACGCGCAGGCGCUGCUGCAGCAGCUGCUGCAAGAGGCAGGCGAGGAUGCUGCUGCUGCUGCAGCAGCAGAUAUAACAACACCAACCCAGCCUGGUGUAGAGCCCCUCUUGCGCUCGCUUACAGAGCAGCAGCAAAAGACAGCUCUUAAAGUUUUGGAGGCAUACCUCAACCACCGAGGAUGUAAAGAUAUAAAGCCUGAGACAGGAGACACGCUGCAGCUGCUCCUGCAGCUGCUGGUGCCGCCUCCGGAGGAGCAGCAGGAGCAGCAAGAGCAGGAGCAGCAAGAGCAGCAGCAGCAACAAGAGCUGCAGCAAGAAGCAGACUCGCCGUCCAAAGAAAGCAGCAGCAGCAGCAACAGCAGCAGCAGCAGCAGUAGCAGCAGCAAGUGCCGCUGGGCAGUAGGAGGGAGACCGCUUGAACAUCUGCUGCAGGAGUUGCUGGAAGACAUAGAGAGCCACACAGCAGCAAGAGAGGGUGUACCGUUAGCAGUCUCCUUGCAGCAGAAGCGCGAGCAGGUGAAGCACGAGCAGCAGGAGUUGUCGGAGCAGCAGCAGCAGGAGCAGGACACGCAGCAGGACACGCAGCAGGAUCAGGAGCAGCAGCAGCAAGAGCAGCAGCAACCAAAGAAACGAGCAGGCAGACCCCGUAAGAUAAGGCCCCCAGAGCCAGAGGAGGGGCCCUCAGACACAGAGAGCGCUUUAGACGAUCCCGACGAUCCCGAGAGGCCUCAACCCUUCACUGCAGAGAUGAAGAUGCAAAAAGAGCAAUUGCUGUCGGAGGGUUUCUUGAACUGGAACCGAACGGAGUUCACGAAGUUCAUCAGCGCUUUAAUUCACUUGGGGAGAGACCGUCUAGAGGAGGCCUGGCAGCUGCAUUUUAGCAGCAGCAACAAAACAGUAGAAGACCUGCGUAAAUAUGCAGAUGUCUUCUUCAAACGGUACACAGAGAUUGAGGGGGGAGACAGAAUGAUGCAGCGAAUUGAGAGGGCUGAGGAAUUGCGGGGGGCCAUCGACCUCCAGCGCCGAGCGAUUCAGGCGACUGUUGAAGAGCAGCUGCUGAGCGGAAAUGUCUCCUCUCCUACAGACUUGAAGCUGCCUGCUGGUUUGGGGCCUUCGCCUGUAUUUACUAAAGAAGAAGAUUGUCUCCUUUUGUGGGGUCUCUAUGAACAAGGGGUUAAUGCCUUUGCUCUCGUGCAUGCAGCGGGACAGGCCCCGCAGCUGCUGCGAGCUCGUCAGGCUCUGCGUUCAUGCCGGGCUGCUGCAGCAGCAGCUGCUGCUGUUGCUGCUGCUCCCCCAGCAGCAACAGGAAUGCAACCGGCAGCUAGUGCAGCAUCUAUUGUCCCCUCUCUUUCUUCUCUCGCUAACUUCAAAGGAGACAGCGAGCAGCAAGCGCUGCAGACGGCAGACCUUCAGCUAACUACUGAGGUCCACGACCUCUAG